AUGCAGCAGGAGGAGGUGCAGUCGGUCCCGGCGGGCCACGACGCCGUGCUGGGGGACCAGACCUGGGAGGUGGUGGCGGGCGGCCUGACGGGGCUCACCACGGGCCUGCUGGCCGCGGGCGUGUUCAAGCUGGGCGCCGUGCUGGCGGGCGGCGGCAUCCUGGCGGCGGAGCUGGCGCGCGCGCGCGGGUACGCCGUGAGCGCGGGCGGCGCGCUGCCAGCGGUCCGCCAGCUGGGCGGCCGCGUGGCGCGCCAGAACCUGGGCGAAGCCUGGCGGGCGCUGACGGCGCGCGCGCCGGCCGCCACCGCCUUCGUGGGCGGCUUCCUGCUGGGCUUCGGCAUGCGCUGA